UUCCUCGCGCGACUGCCCUGAGGCUUUCAGAACGCGCCUGGGGCUCGGUUUGUGUAGUUAACCCGUUGGGCGACAGCUAACGCUAGCUGGCUGCUUGGCUGGCUGCGUUUUCCGUGUUUUAUUUUUAUUUUUUUAAUCCGCAGCGGUCAAAUUCCCGUCAGUGGACGGUUUGGGUUUGUCUUUCCGCGUGUUGGUCGCUAUUUGCUGGCUAAUUCAGCUACACGUUUCGCUACAGCUAGUACGCUAGGUUUCGUUUUCCUUCUACAGUAUGAUGAGUAAGCACAAGUCCGGGGCAAACUGCUCGGCAGCUGGAGAAUGUGUAUCUGAGGUCCAAAGAAUAUUGAGGGAGCGGUUUUGUCACCAGCGGCUUCCAGAUAAACCGAUGGGGCUGGAAUCACAAUACAAGCACCUGCUGGAGCUUUUGCGGAGGACAGCGGUUCACGGUGAGAGUAAUUCAGUUCUCAUCGUGGGUCCACGUGGAGCUGGCAAGACUAUGCUGUUGAGCUGUGCUCUGAGAGAGCUGCUGGACCUGCAGGAGGUGAAGAAAAACGUUCUGCUCGUUCAGCUGAGCGGUCUGCUGCAGACAGAUGACCGGAUCGCUCUGAGGGAGAUCACCCGCCAGCUCCACCUGGAGAACGUUGUUGGAGACAGAGUAUUUGGGAGCUUUGCAGAGAAUCUGGUGUUUUUGUUGGAGGCUCUUAAGAAAGGUGAUAAGAGCAGUAGUCGUCCGGUGUUUUUCAUUCUGGAGGAGUUUGAUCUGUUUGCACAUCAUAAGAACCAGACGUUGCUCUAUAACCUGCUGGAUGUGUCUCAGUCAGCUCAGACUCCAGUGACUGUGGUGGGGCUCACCUGCAGACUGGAUGUACUGGAACUCUUAGAAAAACGAGUGAAGUCACGCUUCUCCCACAGACAGAUACACCUUCUGAGCUCUCUGUCCUUCUGCCAGUACCGAGACGCAUUUCGCUCCAAGCUCAGCUUGCCGGACGACUUCCCUGACAGCAAGUUCUCGCAGGACUGGAACGUCAGCAUCUUGAAACUGUGUGAGGAUAAGUCGGUGGAUGAGAUUUUACGGAAGCAUUUUAACUCCAGCACAGAUUUCCGCUCGCUACACUUACUUCUGCUACUGGCAGUGAGUCGUGUGUCAGUCUCAAACCCAACUCUAAGAGCUGCGGACAUAUUGGAGGCCAGUCGGAUGAGCAACGCUGAUACAAAAGCUAACAUCCUCCAUGGUCUUUCCAUCUUGGAGUUAUGUCUGAUUAUUGCCAUGAAGCAUUUGAAUGACACCUAUGAGGGAGAGCCCUUCAACUUCCAGAUGGUUCACAAUGAGUUUAAAAAGUUUAUCCAGAGGAAGUCACACUCGAUCCAUAACUUUGAGCAGCCAGUGGUGCUAAAGGCGUUUGAGCACUUGCUGCAGCUAGAACUGAUCCGGCCGGUGGAUGCAGGUGUGUGUAAGGUGCAGAGGGAGUACCAGCUGAUGUGUCUGAUGCUGGACCAGACGCAGGUGAUGGAGGCUCUGCAGAGAUACCCACAGUGUCCUACAGACGUCAAGCAGUGGGCAUCCUCUGCCUUCGGCUGAUGUCUCUUCACUUUCAUUUAAAUGUUCUUUAUCAGCUUCAUGUGCUUCAGGUCUUGUGAAUAACAAUUGUAUCCCAAAACCUAAAAAUGAAGUGUUAGUAUCUUCUUUUUGAGUAUUUUUGAUAAUAAAGAAAUGGGAAUGUUUUGUACAUGUGAGUUAUCAGACAUACAGCCUGAGAGCUAACUGGUGUUGCGGAAGCAGUAGAAUAAUAACGUACAAGAUCCUGUCUGGGCCACAGUGCUGUAUUCUGAGAAGGCAUUGAGCCUACUGAUAGGCAGGAUAAACUGGCAGAGAUCUCUUCAAGCUAUUAAAAGACAUGGUUUUACAAGUUCCAGAAUUUACAGGGUAAUUCUCAUAUAAGCCCAGUGGCGGUGUUUGGGGUGGACCUUAGCAGAAUGACCUCAGGCUUAUUCAUGCGCUGUGCUUUAGAACUACUGUCACUUAAGAUUUACUCUGCAAGGCUGGGCCCUGAAUCUUUAAACGGCCAGCCAACGCCCCUGUUAAGACCUAUGGUAUCUUUCUUAAGCACGUGCCAAAAUACUUUUUAUUAGGCAUACUUUGUAUUAUGUGUAA